AGCCCUGCUCACAUCCCAGGAGGCAUCAGAGGAUGACCCCGAACUAGGCAUGCUCACACUGGAGAAGCUAUGUGAAGGAAAGAGGCGUGUCCUGUUCAUCGGCAUUUCCUGUGGCCUGUCAGCUCCAUUUGUAGCAGGACAGCUGGACUUUUGUCUGAAACACCCUGACAUCUACACUCCUGUACUGGUGGGAUUCAACCCCGUCACACAGGCCAGGGAGGAGACCAUGCCAGGCUACAGUCUGACUUUCAGGGAAGUGGUCCAGAGGAUGGAGGAGCAGAGAGGUCAAAGGGCAUUCAUCAUCAACCCAGCAGUUGGGCCAGAGGCCAUCAGUGGUUCCUCCAGAAUGAAGGGGGGCAGUGCCACCAAGAUCCUACUGGAGACCAUCCUGGCAGCCGCACACACAGCUGCCUUCGCCAACACACACGCCACACGCAGGUUUUAG